CACAUUCUCUGCCUAUUGGUGAGGAUGAUUUAACUGUAGCAAAACAUCAUCAGGAUAUGUUAAUGGAAUAUCGUAAACUUCGUCCAGACAUGAGUAUGCUAAUUGAUCGCCAAAAACGUAGUUGGUUUGUGCGAGCAAAGGAUUUUGAUGGUCGAUUUCAACAGUCGAUCUAAAAGCUAAAUACCCAUGGCUCUGCUCUGCUGAAUUGCUUCUUAGUGAAAUGAAACUAAGAUUUGGCAAAGAUAUAGAUAAAGAGCUUCAUCAAUGGAUGAAGGGUAUGGAAGAUAAAAUCUUAACCUUGAUAAAAUUAAAGUGUAAAGACGGUUUUAUUUCUGAAAUAUUUGCUGAAAUUGAGCGUGAAAUUGAUGAAAGUACUAAAAAAGAUGCUACAUUAAAUGGAGCUAUUCUAAUGUUGCCAUGGUUAUUCAAAGAGUAUGUUGAAGCCUUGGUUACUUUUGAUAACACCCCAACGCUGAAUACACCUACUAUUGCAAUCCCCCGAGGUCAAAAGCUGACAUCAAAAUUUUGUUGUGCUAUAAUAGAUGGCCAAGAAAUAGUUGAACAUCAUAAUGAUGUUGAUAUCUCAUUAGGGAUGGCUUGUAUAUUUGCCUCCUAUUUUGUUUACAAUAUAAAAUACCCGGUUCAAUUAAAAAACACCUUGUUAUUUUAUGAGCACAUCAUAUUUGGCGUAUCAAACAAAGAAAUCCCUGUAACAAUUCGCAGAAUGGCAAAUACUUUGUACGAGGUUUAGCUAAUUUUACAAGGGAAUCUGAAUUAUGCAAAUCUUUAAUGGAUUUUCACGAGUUUGAAAAUAAAGCAAUUUUUGUAAAUUAUUUUGU